CGAAAUUUGCUCACUCAAAGACUCUUAUCGUCGCGAUGAAGUCAUUCUCAUAUUUCUUGGGUGUCCUCUGCAUGGGACGGGUUGUCCUCUCCGACACGGAAUUUGAUCUCCCCGUCGCCCGGAUUUACCAGAUUGAGGCCAACUCCUCCCGACUUCGACCGUGGAACCGGAUAGACACCAAUUUGGAGACGACGAUUGAAAAUGUGGAGAAUCUGAGGCUCGACUGUACCGCGAGCUAUCCGGUGCAGUGGUUUUACACGGGGGAUGGAAUCCCAGCCUACACCGUGGCGAAUAAAUACUCGAGAAAUAACAAUCGCGGCGAGACCACGUCCGAGUACAUGUCCACGAUUGUCAUCAAACCGUUGAAGGAGUAUCACACGGGAAGAUAUCAGUGCACUCCGGCCGAGUAUAUCGAUACCAGGACGUUUUUCUAUAUUUAUGUUCCCGGUGAAAAUCUCUUCACUUCGACGACCGGACGAAAUAUUAUCCUGCCCAAGAAUGACACCAAGAUUCUCAUCCCGUGCAAAGUUUCUCGUCCGGAUGCCGACGUCAGUCUAGACAAAUCGGAAGAGGGAGCCCUUCAACGCGUCAAAGUAAAAACUCCGGAUGCUAUCAGUUACGACCCCAAGGCUGGAUUUACCGUUGACAUCAACAAAGUUGAGACCCCGGAGGGAACCUACGUUUGCACGGCGAGACAUGGGUCGUACGUCCGCAGUGUAGAAUACAGGGUGCUGUCAUCCUUUGCUAAUUACCAAGCUGACGAGCCAUCCAAUUUUCAAAACAAGUGCAAAAAACCUUGCGGCGAAAACGCGUACUGUGAUCUUGUCGAUGGGGCAGAAGUGUGCCAAUGUCUCCCCGACUUUCAAGGGGAACCAAACGUCAAAUGCUCAAUUAAAUGUGAAGCCCAUACCGAUUGUCCUAAAACGAUGUCAUGUUUUGUCGACCGACAGUGCCGCAGUCCAUGCGUCCACUCGGCGCAUGGGUGCGGAAUUAAUGCCAAGUGCAAAGUUGAGGACCACCGACCCGUCUGUUACUGUCCGAAGGAGUGGGUGGGCGACGAAACGAUUCAGUGUUUCAAUUCUGUCCAAGGCGCUGAACCUGGACAAAAUAAUUCUGAUAAAGCAGAAAGUGCGACCACAACUCCAUCCUCCACGCCUGCAGUGAAGUGCGGCAGUAAUACCGACUGUCCCGACGACAUGACCUGCAUCAGAGUAAACGCUACCUCCACUUCCGGUAAGGAGUGCGUCGACCCGUGCAAAUCGCGGAGGUGUGGGCGCAACGCGGAGUGUCGCGUUCAAGAAAGGAGAUCUUCCUGCGAAUGCUUGCCCGGUUUUUCGGGCGACGCCAGGAUUCAAUGUGAACCGGAAAGAAAUCCUGAAUCGGGAGAGCCCUAAUUUAAAGGCAUGAAAAAAUGUGAAUUUUGUAAAAAUUAUGGAAAAGUAAAUGCUUAAUUAAAACACCAAUAUCGGAAUUUAA